CCUUCCUCCUCCAUCUCCCUCCUCUUUGCUCCCCCUUUUCCCCCCUUCCGUCCCUCCCCCCGGUCUCUGGAAGCUCAGAGAUUGGCCUCGGCCUGCCCUGCUGACCCAAGGGAGGCGCUGGACCGGUCAUCAGCUCUCCCUCCUCCCUGGAAAUCCCCUCUCGGGCGCCUGGGUCCCUUCCCUUUCCCUCCGACGGUCCCCUUUGACGAGAGCGAGAAGUGGAAAGCUUUUAUUCCCAAGUUCCGCCACGCGCCCCGGGGUCCCCGGCGUCCCCGGCGUCCAGUGGGCUAUCUUUUGGCCGCCUCGGAAGGUUCAGGGACCAUGGACAGCACCGGCCCCCGGCCGCAGCUGGACGCCGCCGCCUUCCUCCACAUCUGGAAGCGCUUCGACGCCGACGACAAUGGUUACAUAGAAGGCAAAGAGCUCGAUGCUUUCUUCCACCACCUGCUGAAGAAGCUGUGCCCUACUGAUGAGGAAGCAGGAGAAAAGCUUCAGAAGAUAAAAGACCAGUUCAUGGCCACCUACGAUGUGUCUGCUGAUGGACGUUUGCAAAUUCAAGAACUUGCCAACAUGGUCCUGCCGGAAGAUGAGAACUUUCUCCUGCUCUUUCGCCGGGAAACACCCUUGGACAACAGCGUGGAGUUCAUGCAGAUUUGGCGUAAAUACGACGCCGACAGCAGUGGAUUCAUCUCGGCCACUGAGCUCCGGGACUUCCUGCGCGAUCUCCUCCUGAAGCACAAGAAGGCCAUUUCAGCGGCCAAGCUGGAGAACUACACGGACACGAUGAUGAAGAUUUUUGACAAGAACAAAGAUGGCCGGCUGGAUCUCAAUGACUUGGCCAGGAUUCUGGCUCUUCAGGAAAACUUCCUGCUCCAGUUUCAGAUGGAUGCCUGUACCACAGAAGAGCGCAAGAGGGACUUUGAGAAAAUCUUUGCCCACUAUGACGUCAGCCAGACCGGGGCACUGGAGGGACCGGAAGUGGAUGGCUUUGUCAAGGACAUGAUGGAGCUUGUCAAGCCCAGCAUCAGUGGCGUAGACCUGGAUAAGUUUCGGGAGAUUCUGCUGCGCCACUGCGAUGUCAACAAAGAUGGGAAGAUCCAAAAGACGGAACUGGCUCUCUGCCUGGGGUUAAAAGUCGCCCCUUAGGCGUCAGCCCGGGGUUGGCGUGGGUGCCGGUGUCGGUGAGGGUGACGGAAGGGGUUUGGGUUUGAGUGUGGCUGUGGAUGAUGGUGUUGGAGGUGACGCGGGUGAGAGAAUGGGUGUCGGUCCAGGCGCCGGUGUGGAAGCCGGUGCGGGUGCCCGUGUUUGUGAUGCUGUCGGCGGUAUCGGCGUCGGUGAUGGGGCCGGUGUCGGCGUGGGCAUCAGGAGGGAAUCAGUGUUGGCGACGGCUUCUGUGUGGGUGUCAGUGUGGGUGAUGGUUUCGGGGUUGGCGAUGGUGUGGGAGGGGGUAGGAAUGUCGGUGCUGAUAUCGGCACGGGGGCCCGUGGGGGCACACCGGCGUGGGUGCCCGUUCGGACCAGAGAGCUUUAUCAUUCCCGUGUGCUCCUGCUCGUAGAAACGUGUCCGCUAAGCCUAGCUAUCGUGUGAGCUUCCGGGUGAAUGCGCUCGGGCAAAGGAGGGGUACGGGCAGGAGCCGGGUCUGCCCGAUCUCCUGCUUCCUCAGAACCCCUCGCCCCGGCUCCCGCCACCACCUCCCCGCCCUCCCCUCACCCCGGGGAGGCCAGUACGGCGCCUUGGAGGGUGGCAGUUUCAUAGCUGGUCUUGGGGGAGAGAUCCUAGCCCGGUCGUACUUGUGAUGUCGCCUUUUGCUGUCUCCAGUGGGGGUCCUGACCCCCGGGUGUCCCCACCAGGUGGUCCCAGUGCCCGGGUGUUUCUGCCAGAUGCCCCUAUCCGGUGUCCCCAUUGGGUGUAUUUGGGCAAUCUGUCCUAUUUAGUGCGUGCCCUUGCAUGUGUGCGAGUAGGAAAGUACGGUGCCAAGUGGAUGCUUGUCGGUGUCAAAAUAAACCCUCGAAUUGGAAGAGA